GAGCAGAACAAAAAUUUCCAUUCCAUUUCUUGUCCACUUCCUUGGUUCGUGUUUGCGCAACAAUAGUACAGUCGAGCAACUUCAGAUCGACGAUCCAUCGCCAUCGCCAUAUAUAAUAUACAGAAGAAGAAGAAGAAGAAGAAGAAGAAGAAGAAAAGAUGUUUAAGUUCUUAAAAGAUGUAGUAUCCGGAUCUGGUGCAGGUGUUAAGGAUUUCCCUUAUAACAUCGGCGAACCUUAUUCUUCCGCUUGGGGAUCUUGGACUCACUCUCGCGGCACUUCUAAAGACGAUGGAUCCCCGGUAUCAAUAUUUUCACUGACGGGAAGCAAUGCAAAUGAUGGACAUUUAGCUGCUGGUCGCAAUGGUGUCAAGCGGCUUCGAACAGUCAGACAUCCAAAUAUAUUGUCAUUUCUCCACAGUACCGAGGCCGAGAUAUUUGAUGGGUCUUCCACAAAGGUUGUUAUUUAUAUUGUCACUGAACCUGUUAUGCCGCUUGCGGAAAAGAUUAAGGAAUUAGGGUUACAAGGUACACAAAGGAACGAAUAUUAUGCUUGGGGACUGUAUCGCAUAGCAAAAGCCGUGAGCUUCCUUAAUAAUGAUUGCAAACUUGUGCAUGGAAAUGUUUGUUUAGAAAGUGUGGUGGUCACUCCAACUUUGGACUGGAAGUUGCAUGCUUUUGAUGCUCUUUCUGAGUUUGAUGGGAAUAAUGAAGUCUCCACAGGACCGAUGCUGCAAUAUGAAUGGCUUGUUGGUUUACAAUACAAACCAAUGGAGUUGGCAAAAUCAGACUGGACAACAAUUAGGAAAUCCCCUCCAUGGGCAAUCGAUUCUUGGGGUUUAGGUUGUCUCAUCUAUGAGAUUUUUGCGGGUAUGAAACUGAGCAAGACUGAGGAGCUGCGGAAUACAGCUUCUAUACCAAAGUCUCUCCUUCCAGAUUAUCAGCGACUCUUGAGUUCUAUGCCUUCUCGCAGGUUGAAUUCAUCAAAGCUUUCUGAGAACUGUGAGUAUUUUCAGAACAAGCUGGUGGAUACUAUUCACUUUAUGGAAAUACUUAAUUUGAAGGACAGUGUUGAGAAGGAUACAUUUUUCCGUAAACUUCCAACUCUAGCUGAGCAGCUUCCGCGUGAAAUUGUUUUGAAGAAGUUACUUCCUUUGUUAGCUUCUUCCUUAGAAUUUGGUUCAGCUGCUGCACCUGCUUUGACUGCAUUUUUGAAAAUCGGUGCUUGGCUUCCAUCAGAGGAAUUCAACAAGAAGGUCUUACCAACCAUUGUGAAACUUUUUGCUUCCAAUGACCGUGCUAUUCGAGUUGGUCUCCUUCAGCAUAUUGAUCAAUAUGGGGAGUCAUUUUCGGCCCAAGUUGUUGACGAGCAGGUCUACGCACACGUUGCUACUGGGUUUUCUGACACAUCUGCUUUCCUUCGUGAGCUGACUCUGAAGUCCAUGCUUAUUCUUGCUCCAAAGUUGUCCCAACGCACUCUAUCGGGGUCAUUAUUAAAAUAUCUUUCAAAGCUUCAGGUGGAUGAGGAGGCAGCAAUCAGAACAAAUACCACAAUUCUACUUGGGAAUAUUGCUAGUCACCUUAAUGAAGGGACACGCAAGAGAGUUCUGAUUAAUGCUUUCACUGUUCGUGCUUUGCGUGAUACUUUUCCUCCUGCCCGGGGAGCAGGUAUAAUGGCUCUAUGUGCGACCAGUUCUUAUUAUGAUGUCCAAGAAAUAGCAGCCCGUGUACUGCCUAAUGUUGUUGUACUUACUAUUGAUCCUGACAGUGAUGUACGAUCGAAGGCCUUUCAAGCAGUUGAACAAUUUUUGCAGAUAGUGAAGCAGUACCAUGAAAAGGCAUAUGGCGGGGAUGACACCGAGUCUAUGGGUUCAGGAAAUGCGUCACUUCCUGGAAAUGCAAGCAUACUUGGAUGGGCCAUGAGCUCGUUGACAAUGAAAGGCAAACCGUCUGAACAAGCUGCACAAGCACCUCCAAAAUCAACCUCACCUCUAGUUUCUGCUGUCUCCAAUGCCAGCUCAGAUAGUCAAAAUACAACACUACUUCGAACUGCAAGUUCAAGUGCUGGCAUUAUUGAUCAGGACAUGGCUGAUCAACCUGCACCCGAGUCACCUACCUCAACGGAUGGGUGGGGUGAACUUGAGAAUGGUAUUCUUGAAGAUCAAGAGAAUGACAAAGGUGGGUGGGAUGAUAUGUUACCACUAGAAGACGAUAAGCCGCCACCUGCCCUUGUCAACAUUCAAGCAGCUCAAAAACGGCCUGUAAUACAGACAAAACCGCAAGUUUCAAUUCCACGGCCAAAAUCUACCUCAAAUGUGGGCAAAGAUACGGACGAAGACUUGUGGGGCUCAAUUGCUGCCCCGCCUCCAAAAGUGGGUGUGAAGCCUUUAAAUGCAAGCACGAGUGCUUCUGUUGAUAGUGAUGACCCAUGGGCCGCCAUUGCAGCACCUCCACCAACAACCAGAGCGAAGCCUUUAUCAGCUGGGCGGGGUCGAGGAGCCAAACCUGCUGCCCCAAAAUUGGGUGCUCAGAGGAUAAACCGGGCAUCUUCAACUCAGAAGUUUUGAAAACACAAUGAAAAUUUUGAUCUAGUUUGUUUAUACUUGAAAUUUAUUUGACCAAAAUUGGUUGAAUAGUUGUAUAUUUGUUGAAAAUAAUCUAUAAUUCUUGCUCAUUUUUUUCAUGUAACUUUGAAAUUGAAAAUCGAAAGUAUUUAACGUAUAGUAAUGGUACAUUUCUACAAGAUUUAACCA